UCUCCGUUUGUAAUUCGUUAUUAAAUUAAUAGUACCUAGGUUUGUAUAAAAAGUGGACAGUGUAUUUAAAAAAAAAAACAUUGUAUUUUAAAUAUCUGUUAUUAUUUUUAACAAAACUUGCGUAAUUUUUCUGCAGUAAGUUGGGAAAGCCGGUCAAAAAGAUUAUUAACGCCGCAACGGUAUCACCAAAUAAAACAAGAUCAUGGACGACGAUAAAAUAAAGAGAAAAAACCGCAAGUAUAAUGAAGCUACGUUGAAAUCAGCUAUUGAAAAUGUGCUAAAUUCAACCAUGACAUUAUACAAAGCGUCACAAGAAUUUGGUAUCCCUUGGACUACUUUAAAAAGAAACGUUGAAAGAGUAAAAGAAGACCAAGUCAGAGGAAAGACACAAGUCUCUAUGCCAAAAAUUGGACGCCCGUUUUCUUUGACACAAAACAAAGAAAUUGAAUUAGUUCAAUAUAUUAAAAAAAUGCAAGAGCUAGGUUUUGGUCUAACCGUUAACAGAAUUAGGGAGAUUGCUUUUGAACUUGCGCAAUCAGAAGGCUCAGCUUUGUUUUUUAACAACGAAAAAAGAGUAGCAGGUUGGAACUGGUGGGUUAGUUUUAAAAACCGUCAUGGAUUAUCUUUGCGGCCUUUGCGCCAACCUGAAAAUCUUUCGGCUGGACGUGCUGUUUGCUCGAACGAGAUUGUCUUAAAUGACUUCUACGAAAAAUUAGAAAAAACGUUCAAAGAUCACGACUUGAUGGAUUCCCCAGAAAGAAUUUGGAACUGUGAUGAAACAGGGCUUAUGUACGUACACAAACCAGAAAAAAUUGUUACACAUAUUGGAAAAAAAUACAUUUACAACCGUUCAUAUGCCGAAAAAGGUACAACAACUACUGUGUUAGCUUGCAUGAAUGCAGCUGGAUGCUUUAUAUCUCCAAUGGUCAUUUUUAAAGGCAAGGGGAAUUACGCGGAGUUACAAGAUGGCGCUUUUUCAAAUAGUAUGACCCGAAUGUCACCAAAGGGCUGGGUUAAUGCUGAUUUGUUCUUGGAAUGGCUGAAGUUUUUUAAUGAAAAUAUUCCUCCAGCAAGACCAGUUUUUCUAAUAAUGAAUUCACAUGCAAGUCACAAUACCCCACAAGUGUUGGAAUAUGCAAAAUCUCAUCAGAUUGUAUUAUUUACAAUGCCAGCACAUACUCGUCAUGUACUGCAACCCCUGGACGUUGGAGUUUUUCGUCCAUUAAAAGCUGCAUGGCAAACAGAGUUAGAUAAAUACAAAAGAGAAAACCCAAACCUAAUACCGACUCGUCACGACUUUCACAAAUUGUUGACACCAGCUUAUGAAAAAGCUUUUACUAAAGCGAAUAUCCGAGCGGGUUUCAGAAAAACAGGCAUUUAUCCGUUUAACAACACUGUUACCUAUACCAGCAGAAGUAAUUGCACCAUCACAGGACACUGAUAAAUAAACCAGCACCCACAGAGCAAGAAGUUUUAGUAAACGGAGACUUAGAUCUUGUAAUCCCUCAAUCAAAAAUUAGAGCAAAUAUAGAUCCCUUAAAUGACGCAAUGAAUGAGCAGAGUAAUGAAAUUUCAAAUUCAA